AUGUGCGGAGUGAGAUCGAGAGAGGAAUCAGGAAACGAGGAAAGCAAUUACACGGAGAAAAAACUUGGAGAAAAAUUAUUAUACAAGUCAAUGCCUAUGUUGAAUAUAAGUGCAGUUGAAGGUGGUGCUGUUGAACUACCCUGUGACAUAACCCCCUCAGGAUACGAUGCACUUCACAUGGUCUUGUGGUUCAAGGACGGAGGUGAUGGAAAUCCAGUUUACACAGUGGACGUUAGAAACAAAGCACUGAACGACGCUCAACAUUCCUCCGAUACCGGUGUCUUCGGUCCUCGAGCUUUCUUCAGAACCACAAUGACUCGGACAGCAGUACUAGUCGUCGACAACGUUAAACGUCACGACGCCGCAAUCUAUAGAUGCCGGGUAGACUUCCGCCAGGGCCAAUCCCGGAGUAUUCGCUACAAUCUAUCAGUUGUUGUCUUACCAGAAAAACCAGUAAUACUAGAUCGCUGGGGUCAGGCGUUAAAUCGAACUGCUGGUCCAGACGAGGAGGGAGCGGAUCUCAUCUUAACAUGCAGAGUAACUGGAGGAACUCCACCUCCCAGAGUCAGAUGGACGGUCUACAACACUAGGAUCGAUGUGUACGUCAAGAGUUCUGCAGAUGUCAUUGAGAAUAAGUUGACGAUGAGAUCUCUGAGGAGAGCUGACCUGGGUAUGAAUUUCACGUGUGAGGCCAUGAAUACUGAUCUAGUCGAGCCAACGAGAAAGACUGUAACACUCGAUCUUAUCCUGAAACCUUUGACAGUGAACAUCAGGAGACCUGGCAGCAUCGCCGACGAAGGGAAGAACGACUCAUUACAGGCGAAACGUCGUUACGACCUCGAGUGUGAGACAACAGGAUCAAAUCCUCCAGCGAUAAUCACUUGGUACAAAGGAAAACGGCCUCUUAAGCACGUGAGGGAGGAAAGAAGUCAGAAUCGUACAAUCAGCAGGGUGGAAUUUUCACCGAGUGUCGACGACAAUCGCAAAUCGGUGACAUGCAGAGCCGAAAAUCCAAACGUGACAGGCCUCUACCUAGAAACUUCAUGGAUCCUCGACGUCGUAUAUCCACCAAUAGUGUCCUUGAGCCUGGGAUCAACCCUUACCCCAGAGGACAUCAAGGAGGGAGACGACGUUUACUUCGAGUGUCACAUUAACGCAAAUCCACCGAUAUCAAAACUCGUCUGGAUCCACAACGGAAUACUGUUAACUCACAACACAACGGCGAGGGUCAUCGAGUCUAAUCAAAGUUUAGUACUCCAGAGUGUAACGAGAAAUAGUGCUGGCUACUACGUAUGUGCAGCAACGAACUCAUUGAGGGAAACCCGGAGCGAACCACUGCUCUUUCGCGUUAAAUUUGCUCCGGUGUGUAAAGAGGACAGGAUUGUCGUUGUUGGGGCAUCAAGAGGUGAAUCGUUGAAUAUCAGCUGCAGAGUGGAGGCGGAUCCCCCGGUGAGAAACUUCCGGUGGAAGUUCAACAACAGUGGGGAGACUCUUGAGGUGUCACCAAGGAGAUUCACAAUACCAAGGCCAGGUGACACCAAUGGGGUUAGCGUGCUUAAGUACACACCGGUCACUGAGCUCGAUUAUGGCACGCUAUCCUGCUGGGCGGACAACGAGGUUGGCGAACAGCCGAAACCGUGUCUAUUCCAGAUCGUUGCAGCCGGUAAGCCCUUUCCAGUGCGUAAUUGUACUCUCGCGAAUCAGACGUAUACGAGUGUGGAGGUGAAAUGUGUCCCUGGGUAUGACGGGGGAUUACCUCAGAAGUUCGUCCUCGAGGUUUAUCACGGGGAUUUCGAUUUUUUGGAGACUUUGGAGCCAAGGUGGAAUGUAACCAGUGAAGAUCCUUUUUUCGCACUUUCGGGACUGGAGGCUUCGGUGGACGCUGGGGUCCAUGUGGCGGUUUAUGCGCUCAAUGCCAAGGGACGGAGCCUACCGAUGGUGUUGAGUGAAGUCACUUUUCGAGAUGCGGAGAAACGAACUGGUCAAGACGCAGGAAUGGUGCUGUCUCCAUUGAUUGGAAUAAUCGUGGGAGCUCUCGUGACACUCGUCCUCAUAGUUUUCGUUGUUGUCGUGAGGGCACGGAGAGAACGAAUAUCCAAACCACGUCACGAAAAACCCGCUGAACUGCGAGAAAUACCGACGCAGCAGUAUCCCAACCAGAGUCCCCAGCAAACCGUUGAGACAGAUCCAGACGUUAUUCCGAACAAGUUUGAAGGGCACCUCGUCGAAGUCAGUCCCCCCAGCUACCCAGUGGGCUACCCAAGUGGCCACUGGGUGACACCGGGUCCAACCCCAAGCAUCGACGAGCUCUGUCACAAGUUCACUGGUCGUCCCACAGAGCUGAGACUCCCUUCAAGAAGCACAAUACCAACUCUCUCGAACGCAUCAAUCACAGGUGUUGUGGUUGGUGCAGGCCAAGGUGUCUUCGUCGCCGGUGAAUGUUUGGACGGUGAGGCUAUCAAAAGACGGUUAAUGGCCAACAGACUUCCCGAAAGCUGUGUCUAA